UUUUUUUUUAAAAAAAAAAAAAAAAAAAAAAAAAAAUAACAACUCCCCAAGAGAGUGUAGCGCGUGCAUCCUUUCAACUUGUUUCAGUCUCCCUGAAUUCGCUGAAGCAACGCAAAAACCUUGAGCAGAUCGCGAUUUCUCUUUCUCGUCUCUCAUGGCUCAAUCGGCAAAACCCAUCACUAGUCCUGUUCCUCCAUCGUUGUAUCCAACCCUAGCUUUCUUCCUCCUCGUUUUUGGGCUCAUUGUCACUGCAUCUUUCUUUAUCUAUGCGGCUACUUCUGCUAAGAAGAAUCGAAGUCUAGCUAAAGAACUCGUCACUGGAGGAGUUGCUUCUGUCUUUUUGGGCUUUGGAUCUUUAUUUUUGCUCCUAGCAAGUGGUGUUUAUGUCUGAUUUUUAGUGUUAAAUCCAUCUGUUUGCUAUAGAGUAUUGAGUAAUAGUUAAAGUUGGCCAUGUUUUGACAAUUUUGCAGUUCACUGUGGCUUAUUCAUGAACUGUAAUUAUGGACCGCACCAUGGUUUCUUCCAUGAAUCGGAUUGAUCAGUAAUGCUUUAUCAUGGGAGGCUAUACUUUUUGAUAUAAGGUUAAAUUCUCAAAUUCUAGUAUGAAGAAAGAAGUUCAA